GUGUUGAUUGGUGGUGACAUUUGUCAUUUCAAUUUUCAAAUAGAGAUAAAAAUAUCAUGAAAAAUGUCUUGCGAAGUUAUCAACAAAAUAGGAACUGGUGACUGUGAACUAGAGAAAAAAUCCAGGAGUGAGCAAAACCUAGCGACUGCAGUAGCUAGUGAACUGGUUUCUGAAAUCUUAGAGGACGCUCUUAAUAUUGUCGUAGAGAUCGAAGAUCAGAAAUCUGUUAAAGUAGUGGGAGAUAUAUUAGAAAAUCUGUCUAAUAAAUUUCAAGAACUUGCCAUAUCUGAAGAAAAAAUGAAAAUGGAGGAUAAAAUAGAGGCAAUAAUCUGCACUACGCCCUUGAAAGGUCUUGGGGAUCAACUGGAAGCAGACGAAGGAAUAAGUGAAGAAACACCAAUUAAGCAUCAGACUGUAGAGAAGAAGAGUCGACUCACAGAUCUCGUGAAAAAUUCAAAGCAAAUACUCGCCAAAUUAAUGCUGAGUGAGAAUACAAAAGAAACAUCUUUCGAUAGCGGCCCUGAGAGAGUACUACGUGUGGUGGAGCUAGACUCGGGAGAUCGACCCUCCAAAUUGAAAGAAUACAUUUCUCCUGAAACUGUACCCUUGCCUCAAAGUGAUUCUUGUGAAAUUCUUGCAGAACUGACCAAAGAAGACAGCAUGGAUGACAUUCAACUAGCCAGUUCCAGUGAUAAGAGUACUCAAAAAGGUGAUGAUUACAAGAAAACAAUGACUUUCCCAAUGGCGGGUACUUCUGGAAAAGGCCUGAGUCUUGCUUCCCGUUAUCGCACUCUGAAGUUCCCCUGUGAAUUGAAGAAGAAAAAAUGGAAUUUUGGAACAAAAAUCAUCAACUACAUACGAAAACACCAAUCAAAGAAGGAAGGAAAGCAGAAAGCAGUUCGUGGUGGGAUUGAAAUCAAGCCUAAAACUGAUGAUGAGUGAACUUGUCUCUUAUAGCAGUAACAUGUUUGUUUAUUUUUGAUUGAUUUAUUUGUGUUUCAAUAAAAUUUGUUUGUGUCUCGUUACA